AUGCAACCAACUUGGAUCCAGGACAAGAACGACGUCCCCGAUGCGAAGUACACCGUCACGGAAUCAUCCUUAUUCCAGAGCCACGUGUUCCUCGACUACCUUCGAGACCUCCGCGAACAGCUCGAUGCACGCGGCUUGCAGGACAAAGUUGCCCUUGUGCUCGACGGUCACGCCUCGCACACGACCUUCGACGCCAUCAACUUGGCCAUUUCUCUGGACAUCGACCUCUUCCAGCUCCCGUCCCACACAUGGCACAUCACCCAGCCCUUGGACGUUGGUACGUUCGGAACCUUCAAGAAGGAGCUCACCAGGGUGCUCACGGCCUACCCACCGAAAAUCGGGGGGAGGAGUCCGGUGAAGCGCGACAUGGCUGGCGUGAUUGCGGAGGCAUGGAGAGGGAGAUUCACGCCUGCGAGCAACAUGGUGGCGUUCAAAGGGGCGGGCUUGUGGCCAGUGAAUAUGGAGAAGGCCAUCAACCGACUACACAGCAAGAGGAAGCAACGGGAGAAUGACCGCCCUAUUCCUGAAGACCUCGCCGUCGUUGCCUCCAAGAAGCAGCUCGAAGAAGAUCUCGGCCACGCUGCCCUCCUGGAGCUAAAACGACAGGGAGUGAUGACCGAGGGGCUCCGCGUGAACACCGUGUUCCUCGGCGGGCUCACCCGCCUUACCAAGCGCUCCAAGUCUUUCGCGACCGUUCGGGCGGGCGGGGGGAAGCCCGAGGGCGGUCUCCUGUCCGCCGAAGAACUGGGGCGGGUGGGCGUGCUCGCGGAGAGGGAAGGGGGACUGGUGGGCGGGGGGGGGCCGGUGCUCGCGUCCAAGUAGGAGCGGGACGGCCGAAAGGGGCGGUGGUUCCCUUGGUUCAGCCGCCGCCGCCGCCGGCCCCUUUUUCCUCUCGAGGACCUCAACGAACCCCGACACCAAUCGUUGAUGUGUAGACUAGAUGCUGUACGGUUAUCGUUUUUUUAUUCGAGUGAAGGAUGAAUUAGUCGAGUGAGACAUACAGAAAACGUCAGUUGAGUGUCGAGGUGCCGAUAUGCACUCCAGGGUUGUGCUUCAACAGCUUUCGGGGGUAGUUUUCGAGCGUACCACGGGGUGGGUGGGGGAUGGGGGGUGUAGAGGUGUUUUCCGGACCCCGGGGACGUUGAAAUGCUGGCCCUGGGCCUGAAGGGCUGUUGAUUUUUUUGCUGCUUCGCGACUUGAGCUGAUCGUCUUUAAAGGACCUUUCGAUGGGGCGUUCGAGUGGUGGGAAACAGGUGCGGCUUUCUGCGAGAAGUCUCACCGCAGUGCCAAGCUGCUUUUUGCCUGGCCCAGUUAACGUGCUUGAAUGUAUGUAGUCUAUGUGAAGAG